UCAGCAGUAUUGCUAUUAGCAUGUGUGGUUUUCUUUCUGCUAAACAUACUACAGACUAGCAGGCUACAAGGCAAAGGGAAAUUGCCCCCUGGACUCACACCAAUGCCUAUUUUGGGUAACAUCCUGCAGAUAUGUGGCAAAGAUCCCUUCAAAUCCCUCUUUCAGUUCAGCAAGAUAUAUGGUCCAGUAUACACCAUUUACAUGGGCAUGGAGCCAGUUGUGGUGCUUUGCAGCUGUGAUGCGGUGAAGGAAGCACUUAAUGAUCGUGGGGAUGAUUUUGCUGCUCGUGGACAUAUGCCGCUCCUUGAUAGGAUAAGCUCUGGAGGCCACGGAGUUGUUGCAAGUAAUGGAGAACGCUGGAAGCAAAUGAGACGGUUUGCCUUGAUGACGCUAAGAAAUUUUGGAAUGGGAAAGAGGAGUAUUGAAGAAAGGAUCCAGGAAGAGGCCCAGUUUCUUACAGAAGAAUUCAGAAAGACAAACACUCAGCCUGUGGACCCCACAUUCUAUUUCAGUAAGGCUGUCUCCAAUGUCAUCUGCUCAGUGGUCUUUGGAGAUCGGUUUGAAUAUGAAGACAAGGAAUUUCUCAAGCUUCUAAAUUUUCUACAUGAGACUUUCAGAGGAUUCAGUUCUAUCUGGGGUCAGAUGUAUAAUGUCUAUCCAAAAGUGGUUGGCAAGUUGCCAGGGCCGCACAACAAACUCUUCCACGCAGUCGAUAGCAUUCAGGAAUUUAUUACUGAAAGAAUCAAACACCACAAGGAGACUUUAGAUAUGAGCUCUCCCAGAGAUUUCAUUGACUGUUUUCUCAUCAAGAUGGAGCAGGAGAAGAAUAUGCCAAACACAGAGUUUCACAUGGAUGGUGCCGUUAAUACCACAUUUGAUUUAUUUGGCGCUGGUACCGAAACAGUAAGCACCACCUUACGGUACGGUAUACUGAUCCUUCUAAAGCAUCCUGAUGUUGAAGAACGCAUCCACAAAGAGAUUGACCAAGUCAUUGGCCGGAAUCGGGCUCCAAGUAUUGAAGAUCGUUCUAAAAUGCCCUACUUAGAUGCUGUGAUCCAUGAGAUACAGAGAUUCAUAGACCUCAUACCAAUGGGUAUCCCUCACCGAGCGACUAGUGAUGUUAAAUUUAGAGACUAUCUUAUCCCUAAGGGAACAACAGUCUACCCAAUCCUGAGCGCUGUUCUUCAUGACGCAAAACAAUUUAAGUUUCCAGACAAAUUCAGUCCUGGUCAUUUUCUGGAUGAAAAUGGAAAAUUUUUAAGGAGUGAUGGCUUCAUGCCUUUCUCUUCAGGGAAGCGGAUCUGUGCUGGGGAGGGGCUGGCACGGAUGGAACUCUUCCUGUUCUUCAGCACAAUUCUACAGAACUUCAUCCUCAGAUCCUCAGAGGAGGUAGAAAGCUUAGACCUCACACCAGAGCUCAGUGGGUUUGGGAAUGUCCCUCGGCCCUACAAGCUCUGCUUCAUCCCACGUUAAUUUAUACUCAGGGCACUAUCUAUUUUAUUGUAGCUGCUUUUGUUCCAUUAUAAAACUUUGAAUUGAUUGUUGCACAACGGAUAGGCGAGAAUAUACAAUGGCUGGAACAAAUAAAAGACUUGAAAGACUUGAAAAAAAAAAAAGGUCAAUA